AUGGGACGGGACGGGAACGGGAACGGCAACGGCAACGGCCCCCGAGGAACGGGAGGGGUGUCCCGGGACCGAGCGCGCCUGGUCACGGGGGGGUCCCGGUGCCCGUCUGUGUUGUGCACCGGGGGGAUCCCGGUGCCGGUCCUUGGACACGUGGCCGGGGGGCUCCCGGCCUGGGGGGGUCCCGGUGCCGGUGCCAGGCUCGGCUCAACCCGUUACCGGGUCACCGGUGCCACCGCGUCCCCUUGUGUCCCGCAGACGGGGGAGGCCGUGCGGGAGCUGCUGCAGCGGCUGCGGGCCCUGCAGAGCGAACGGGUCGAGACGUACAGGCUCUUCGAGGAGGGACACCGGGCGUACCUGAGCAGUGCCCCCCACUAUGACUUCCCCCGGUACCGGCAGCUGGUGCACGAGGUCACCGUGGCCUUCAGCGGCAUCUCCCAGGAGGUGCUGGACAUCGCCGGGCGCCUGCGGGACGAGCUCGGCCGCGCCGACCUGGCUCAGCACCUGGCCCGGCUCCAGGAGCGGGAGCAGGAGAAGCUGCAGCUGACGGCACAGCUGCAGCUGGCCCGGCAGCAGGCACAGGACCAGCCCGAGGUGGACGCCCAUCAGCAGGAGGAGCAGGAGCUCAAGCACAAGCUAAUUAAAACCAUUGAGGCAAUCAGCGAAAUUCUCCAGGACCUUAAGUACGAUUCGGAAGAAGUUGAGUGAUGGGUGUCCCCGUGGGAACGGCUGGAGGGGCCGGGCUGGUGAAACGGGGGCCCCGCUCAUCCCCCACCCGCUCCUGGUGCACCUUGGCAAGGUGGGCAUUAUCCUCUGGGCCCCUUUUCUGGAGCACAGGCUGGAAGGGGUGGGGAAGCCCCCUCUGGGACAAGUGAGGUCCCCCUAAAUCCUGAGUAUCCCUCAGCAGAGGGGUCUGGCAUGGGGCUGGUUCCCCUCCCUUUGGCUGUGCCAAAGGCAAACCACACCCUGCAGUGCCAAGGGGCUGCCAUGCUUUGGCCCCUAUCGAGGUGGGCACUGUCCCUGCUGCCAACUGGAGUUCCAUGGGAGC